AGCGCGGUGACGUAGUGCGCAGCUACGUGUCACGUGACCGCGGAGGUGCAGGAGGGGAGGGAGGCUGUGCGUCCGUGUUUACAUCGGAGCGGAGCGGUGACGAGCAGCAGCAGCAGCAGCAGCAGCAGCAGCAGCCUCGGCCCGGGGCUCCAUGCGCGGUUCCCUCUGCUCUCCAGCCUAAAGCGACGAAAAGAUCAGCCCAAACGGCCCUACCCCGCAGCUUGGUAGCGGAGGAGAAGGAGGCGCGACGACACGGCAGCUGCGGCCACUUCUACUAUUACAUUGCGGGCGGGCGCCAUGGACGAGCUGGCGGUGGAAGUCCGGGGGGCGAGUGGGGCUUUUUACAAGGCUUUUAUAAAGGAUGUGCAUGAAAGUACGGUCACAGUAACUUUUGAGAACAAUUGGCAGCCAGAACGACAGAUUCCUUUUCAAGACGUCCGCUUUCCUCCCCCUGUCGGCGUUCAGAAGGAGAUCACUGAAAGUGACGAAGUUGAGGUGUACUCCAGGGCCAAUGACAAGGAACCAUGUGGGUGGUGGCUAGCCAAAGUGCGCAUGGUGAAAGGAGAGUUUUAUGUUAUAGAGUAUGCAGCCUGUGAUGCCACGCUCAACGAGAUCGUCACGUUAGAGAGGCUACGACCUGUGAACCCAAACAAAGAAGCCGUUAAAAACACUUUCCUGAAAAUCAGACUGGAUGUUCCAGAAGACCUGCGGCAGAUGUGUGCGAAAGAUUCAGCUCACAAAGACUUCAAAAAAGCUAUCGGAGCUUUCAACGUCACGUAUGACUCUGAGAAAAAACAGCUGGUUAUUUUGUCGGUCAAUGAGGUGACAACCAAACGAGCGAACAUGCUGACGGACAUGCACUUCAGAAGCCUGCGCACCAAGCUGGCACUCAUCCUGCGGAACGAAGAGGCCAGCCGACAGUUGGAGAGCUCUCGGCAGUUAGCCUCCAGGUUCCAUGAGCAGUUUGUGGUACGUGAUGACCUGAUGGGGCUGGCCAUAGGCACGCAUGGAGCAAACAUCCAGCAAGCGCGCAAGGUCCCUGGAGUCACCAACAUAGACCUGGAUGAAGAGACCUGCACCUUUCACAUCUAUGGCGAGGACCAGGAGGCUGUGCGGAAAGCCAGGAGCUACCUGGAGUUUUCUGAAGAUAUUAUCAAAGUGCCCAGGAAUUUAGUAGGAAAAGUCAUCGGAAAGAGCGGGAAGCUGAUUCAGGAGGUUGUGGAUAAAUCUGGUGUCGUCAGAGUAAGAGUUGAACCAGAAAAUGACAAAAAGUCUCCAGUGGAGGAGGGCAUGGUGCCAUUUGUGUUUGUUGGAACAAAAGAGAGCAUUUCAAACGCUCGCAUACUGCUUGACUACCAUCUAAACUAUCUGAAGGAGGUGGACCAGUUGCGGAUGGAGAGGCUGCAGAUCGACGAACAACUGAGGCAGAUUGGCGGAGGGCCCAGAGCUCCCCCAGGCAGGCCAGAGAAGGAAAAGCCCUUCAGUGCUGAUAAUGGCAUGGGUCCUUCACGAGGCGGCAAACCCUUCGGCCGAGGGGGCAGAGGAAGACGAGGCCCUACCUUUGCCUCAGGCACCAACUCCGAAGCCUCUAAUGCAUCCGAAACGGAAUCUGACCACAGAGACGAGCUGAGUGACUGGUCCCUGGCGCCCACAGACGAAGAAUCUAUGGGUUACCCUAAACGGAUCCCAGAUGGGCGCAAGCGGGGUGGAGGGGCCAGGGGACGAGGAGGACGAGGCAGAGGAGGAGGGGGAUAUAAAACUGAGGAAAUGCACUGGAGUGAGUCCCGCUCCCGUAACUCCAGAGACUCCAAGCCAAGGCCACAGGAGGAUUCCCUGCAGAUUCGCGUCGACAGCAAUAACGAAAGGAGCGUCCACGCCAGCCGAGGGCCUCAGGGACCCACAGGAGACGCCGGCGCCCCCCGACAGCGGCCCGUCAAAGAGCGAGGCAUAAAAAAAGAGAAGCAGGAAGGGUCAGACAGCCAAGUGGUGGUGAACGGGGUGUCGUAAAUAGAGGCAGCCCACUCCCCAAUUCAGUCUCCACUACACUCCACCAAUCCAGAAGCUUCUUCAUUAGAGACACAUUAGGCCAAAGACAACCAGGUCAGUAGGGCUGUCGCAAGACAUGACAUCAAGCACAUUUUGUAAUUGCUAAAUGGGGGUAGUAGGCAAAGGUCUCUGGUGAAUGACGUCUUGCAUUUUGUAGUCUACAUUGCUUAGAGAAGCCGGUCUCUAAAUCACAACAGAAGCUACAGGUUUUGUAAUUGACUCUCUAGGUAACUACCUAUGAAACUAACUGAAGCUGUGGAUGAAACAUAUUACAAAAAAAAAAAAAGUGUGUAAUUUUUUUUUCUUUGGUUCAUAACCUAAAGGGCAGAAGAGCCAUUAGAGGAUGAAUUCAGAUGUUUGGCGUUAGUUUCAGUGCCACCUCUCAUGGCAUAUAGUUUUUGUUUGUUUGGUUGGGUUGCCCCCCCCCCCCUUUGGUGUCCUAGAGCCCUUUCUGAUGUGAGGUCCCAGCCGCAUCACGCGCAAAAAAAGAGAAAAUAAAGAAAAUUAAAAAAAAAAAACAUAAAGGAAAACAAAGUAGACCUACAAACGCUCCUAUAUGAUCUGUGCCUUUAACUAGUGUGGAUAGUUUCAGAAUUUGGAUGUUUAAAUCAGGGAAGAAGACAUGAACAACACUUACCCAACCAACGUUUGUGUUGCAAUUUCAGCCAGCCACUGGGGGGAAAAAAAACAAAAACAAUGAGAAAGAAAGAAAGAUCUUUUGUGGUGCAUGUACAGUAUUUCAUACCCAUCAUUUUUGUACAUCUAAAAACGCAGGACUUCAUCAGAGCCUCAGUCAGUUUGUCUUACCAUGGCUGAGUUUUGAAUUUUAAGUAGGGAAAAGAGGUUCUCCUGACCACGUCAUCGGAGACUGCAUGGACGUGAUCUAUUGUAGUCGCCCAUUAACGACGUGAUGUAUGGACAUAUUUUCAACCACUUAAGUUGUGGCUUAUUUUUUUUUCCUAAUUUAAUUAGACAUUUUAGGGUUUUUUGUGAAGUAACCAUUUUUUCCCCCUUUGUUUUUCCCCCCAAAAACUAUUAACAUUUCUUUAGCUGACUGUUUCUAUAGAGUUCCCAGUAUGUACCAUCCAAACAUUACCAAUGCUUAAUUCCCGCCCCUUCCCUUUCUCUGUCAGACAGGGUGUACAUGACCUUUUUAACCCCAUACUGGCUCCAGUGUACUGCCAUUUGUCCUGCUGUAUUUCUUUUUCAGUGUCAUGUUCGGGUGUGAAGCACCAAUAUGGAAAUCUCUCUGUAACCGUGUCACUGUCCUUAACAACGGAUCAUGCUAGAAUUCAAGCGUUUAGCAGCGGGUUGCAUACUGUAUAUUAUAUAAUUCGUUAAGAGAUUGUCGCUGUUCUUUUGGAUUGAAACUUUACAUGUGCACUUAUCAUGUUUGUGUUAACUCUGCAAGUACUUAAUCUAUUAAACUCUAAUAAACUAGAAUGUGAUAAGACUUCUCAGCAGGUGAAUCACAUGUAUGCUGUCAACAUAAUGAACUGAAGUUUAGGUAUCUUUGCUAAUUUUGAGUCUACUGUACUUUUUUGCAGCUCAGCUCGCUUAGGGAGGGGGAUAGAAUGGAGACGUGCCGUUUAAGUUCGCUAAUGAAACCGUUUGUCUUAUCUGAGCAGUGCUUGUGCAUUACCUUUUAGUUUACAUUUGAGAAAGACGUGAUGCUGUUCUGAACCCACAGGCGCUUUUUCUUUUUCAUUUUGGAAACCUACUAUGACCGUAAUCCCCCCGGUAGUUCUUUCUGCGUUCUUUUCUUUUACUGUACAGCUAGUAACCGUUCAUUUACAGCUGGUUAGAUCCGUUUUUGUUUGUUUUUCUUCCCUUCCGUUGCUGUACGCUUGCUAAAUUCUCUUUGGCGAAAAGGAAAAAGUAAUCAGCCCUACUUGUUGCAGCUUAAACCAUAGUCUCAGUGAUUUGCCUGGAUCAAUAUCCUAUGGAAAUGAAAGGAGUACACCAGGGUUUUUCACCUAAAUCUCUGUCUGCUGCAUCAGUAGCAUAUGCUGUAUUAGCACAGACAAUAAUUGUGGCGCAAUUCCCGGUAUUUAGUAAGAGGACGGAUCAUUUGUUUACUCGAAAUGCGCUUAAUAAAAACAAUAAUAAUAAUAGAAAACAAUGGACAGGUGCUGAUGCAAGUGCCCUAUUGGCUUUCUUCUAUUAGUGCCAGGAAACGUGUCAAAAUUGCCACUGUCUGUAGUGCUACCAAUGUAGAAGGCUGAAAAAUGCUAGGGUACUCCAUUAAUAUUGAAGAGAACUGAAAACUAGACUUGUGUUGCUCUGGGAAAGGAGGUGAAAACCUGUCCAUCUUUAUGACUGAACACCAGAUUUGCAAGACAAAUAAAAACCUCUAAAAACGUACAAAUAGAGACAGAACCAAGCUGUCAAAGUUUGUUCCGGGCAGCAAAUUUACUAAGACAAAACAAAAAAGAAGGAGUGAGGUGGAAAGUUGUAUGGUUCUCUUUCUGCUGAGCUGGCCAGGCGUAUAAGCCGGUCACCUCAUGCAACUCCUAAACUAAGACUAACACGACCGUUAAAUGGUUUACUCUCAGUGUUUUCUCAGCCAGCUAACCUGAGCAAGGCUGAAGGCUGACGAGAUUCGCGACAGUCUGUUAUCGGAAAAGGAAAACCACUUUCCACGUCUCGCAAGCGUUGCCAAACAGACUGUGUUUUUUUUCUAGCUAUUUAUUUUUCGGAGCGUGUACGAAUUUAUAGGACGAUGAAAUUGUGAAAACCAUCAUCUUGCGCACAUCGUAAGCUGUCGUGGUCGAAAAAAAAAGACAAAAUUCAACAGAAGAAAGAAAAAAACUUGGAAAAACUGUAGAUAUUGAACCAAGGUAGACUAACCUUGUAUGUUACUGCACUUUGGGUAAUAAUUUCUUUGUACAUAAUAGCGGAACAGACUGGGUUUUAUGUUGACAUUGUUUGGUUAUAGUGCAAUAUAUUUUGUAUGCAAGCAGUUUCAAUAAAUAAAGGUUGAUCUUCCUCUGCAA